AUGUUUAAUUUUGGAUAUGACUUUGACAGUCUGUUUAUAGACCUGCACAUCCAACAUUUCAACAACUUGAUGUAUUAUUAUUACUAUCAGUGGAUCGACAAUAUCAACAAAAAUUUCAAUCAAAAAAAGAAGGGAUUUUUAAUCAAAGACAUUUUACCUGAACAAGAUGUAAAACCGUCGAGGAAUUCUAUACGGAUGUCAAAAAAGAAAGGCUUGAAAAAUAAAGAAUUACAAAAGAAAGAAUCUAAAAGCAGCACAUUAUUGCUAUGCAGUUACUGUGGGAGAGGAUAUGGUUUUAAAAGUGCAUUAAAGAUGCAUGUACAAACGCACCUUCUGCUCUGUGAAUGUAAGGUGUGCGGAAAGCACUUUUCGAGGGCCUGGCUGCUGCAAGGUCACAUGCGAACUCACACUGGAGAAAAACCAUACAAGUGUUCUAUUUGUAAUCGAGCAUUCGCGGAUAAAUCAAAUCUCAGAGCUCACGCUCAAAUUCAUUAUCGGACCAAGAAAAACAUCUGUAAUGUAUGUGGAGACACUUUCUCGAGACUUUCGCAGCUGAAAAAGCACUCUCGAGUGUGCUUCCAAAAUAUUAAUGUCCCGGAAAAUUAA